AUGGCCCAUCAAGCUCAUAAUAUCCCCUGGACACUCCUAGCUUCAAAUCUGCGGUGGGUCCCUGGGUCUUGUGGACACUGCCAUAACUACGAUCUCCAUCCACGCUUUAAACCCGACCAGGGCAAGGAGUUGAAACAUUUCGCCAAAGCUUUCGCCAAAAACGUGGAAGAGCAUGCAAGAUGUGAACGCAGGAAAUAUUGCGACAAAUACGACACGCCGGGUUCUACUGAUGUGAUCAUCGAUGGAAACACUGCUACAAAGAUUCAGCCAACCGUCCGUCGAUGGCUGAAGACCUGCAAGGAAGAGUCGCCACGGGUGGACUAUGUCCGCGGUUGGGACAAAGGCCAGUCCAUGGAAGAACCGACUUUUCAAUGUCCGGCCCUCCCGCGGGAGGAGAGAAUCGCGUCUGCGUUUUGCAGGCGAUACCGAACCACUGGGUGCUAUACGUUUUUUUAUCAAAGGCAGAGCUCAGGCUAUUUCAACAUGGAACUGGUGAAAACCUUGAUCGUAUGUGGCGAGAUGGAACCGAUCCUCCGUGUAUGCGCACAUCCGGACGUGGCCAUUAACGGCUGGAGGCACAUUGACGAGUGUGGCUGCGGCUUAUUCGAUCUCGGAUGGGAUCAAGUCUAUAAGAAAGCACUAUUGGCAUACGUUUGUCUCAAUACGAUAUACUGUUUCCCAGAAUUGUGGGACAGCGCUUCAGGAAAAAAUGAACACAGCGACUAUCGAAAUACCAGGUCUUACCAGCUCAUGGUAACGGAGUCAACGCGACCGGGUGCCACUUCACAUGUGGUGGCAUAUCCCCACCGACAAUUUUUCGGGAUUAAAGACCCCGGGUCGACUUCCUUCUCUACCACAUCGCGGGCAUGGACUCUCCGAUGGGGUCAAUACGCGGACAAAUCUGGUCGUUUUCAGGUUGGAAAAAUCUAUGGAAAAGCUUCGUUUGGUGAUUUUCUCGCCAUGCAGAACCUGGCCGAAUAUGAGCCAGCUCUACCAGAUACCGAAGAAGUGCGGUCUAUGCUGUGUUUCAAAGGGAUCCCUUUUGAGAUUGCCCUCGACAUCAUGGAACUUGCCAAUUAUACGCCGAAGCGAAGACUGAAUGUGCCACAUGAUCCAUUUCACCCAUCCAACACAGAGGAAUUGGCCAAGUACCUUAAAUACUGUUGGCAACUAUUAGUUCGCUGUGAUAUGAUGGCCAAUGAGCUUGGCAUGAAGCUCGACUGGGAGGAUGCGGUGACCGACUGCGUGCGUCAGCUCUGGGAAGCCAAAGGUCAUAGGAGGCUCACGAAGCUGUGGCGUGACGAUGAGCGUUGGAUAUUUGAAUGA